CGGGGGCGCCGACGGCGGGGGCGGUAACGACGACCACGACGGGCAGGAGAACCAGGCGCGCGGGCGGGAGCAGGCCGGCCACCGAGACCUAGCGAGCAACGGGGCCGCCAUGUCUCAGGCUGUACAGACAAAUGGAACACAACCAUUGAGCAAAACGUGGGAACUCAGCUUAUAUGAACUUCAAAGAACACCUCAGGAAGCUAUAACAGAUGGCCUGGAGAUAGUGGUGUCACCCCGAAGUCUCCACAGUGAGCUGAUGUGUCCCAUUUGUUUGGAUAUGCUGAAAAAUACCAUGACUACUAAGGAAUGUCUACAUCGAUUUUGUGCUGAUUGUAUCAUCACAGCCCUCAGAAGUGGAAACAAAGAAUGCCCUACUUGUCGUAAAAAGCUUGUUUCUAAAAGAUCAUUGAGACCAGAUCCAAACUUCGAUGCCCUCAUCAGUAAAAUUUACCCAAGUCGUGAUGAAUAUGAGGCUCACCAGGAGAGAGUUUUAGCAAGGAUCAGCAAGCACAAUAAUCAGCAAGCUUUGAGCCACAGCAUUGAGGAGGGUCUGAAAAUCCAGGCCUUGAACAGGUUACAGAGAGGCAAGAAGCAACAGAUAGAGAAUGGCAGUGGAGCAGAAGACAAUGGUGAUAGUUCGCAUUGUAGUAAUGCUUCAACCCACAGUAAUCAGGAGGCUGGACCAAGUAACAAAAGGACCAAAACAUCUGAUGAUUCUGGGCUUGAACUGGACAAUAACAAUACAACAGUUGCCAUAGACCCAGUAUUGGAUGGUGCAAGUGAAAUAGAAUUAGUUUUCAGACCCCAUCCUACGCUUAUGGAAAAUGAUGACAGUGCACAGACAAGAUAUAUUAAGACCUCGGGCAAUGCCACUGUUGAUCACUUGUCCAAGUACCUAGCUGUGAGACUAGCCUUAGAAGAACUUCGGAGCAAAGGAGAGUCUAAUCAGAUGAAUCUUGAAACAGCCAGCGAGAAGCAGUACACAAUUUAUAUUGCUACAGCUAAUGGCCAAUUCACCGUGUUAAAUGGUUCUUUUUCCUUGGAGCUGGUCAGCGAAAAGUACUGGAAAGUGAAUAAGCCCAUGGAGCUCUACUAUGCACCAACAAAGGAACACAAAUAAGCCUUACAAAAGGGCUUUGAGUUGGAACAAUAAUUGCUUUUAUAGCUUUACUUUAAGUUGAAGCACCAUCCUCUGCAUCAUGGACAACUGCACAGAGACUUGGAUUCCCCAAUGAAUAUCUUUAUUAAUUAUUAGACAGUAUUUUGUGUGAUAUUUAACUUAUAUUUUUCUUUCUGGAGAACUGAAUGAUCAGUACAUUCCACUGUUACUGUCGUAUGUGUUCUUUUGUUUUGGUGGCUCUUGUUUCAUGUGCAUGAUACUAACAACAGCAAAAUUUCUUUGGAACAUGGAAUGUUGGAGGGCCUUGGAUGGGCAGACUUGCUAGCACCUUGAUGUAUAUUGACAAAGGAACUAGAGAUGCUAUAACUCUUUAUGGCACUGUUAGUUACAGACGGUUAAGAGUAGGCCUGCUAGUAACUAACUAGUUCAGAUGCUAAAGAAAUAGCUGGGGCUGGAAGAAAAGACAGAUUGUUCACAGCAGUAACUGAAUUCUUUUGCCAUGCCCUGUAAUGUUGUUCUGCUUUGUAAAUAAAAAAGCCACCUCACAUGUAACACUCUUCAUUCCCAGUGGCUAUGGGAAUGCAAGCUACUCCUUCUCCUGUUUUCAUCAUAUUUAAGAUAAAUUAUUCUUACCCACUUCACAACAUGGUUAAGAGAGCACUAACUAUAAUACUGUUGCACUGCUUAAUUGCAGUUUAAAGAGUGAAGUAGAACUAGCUCUGGGAAAGGACUUUAAGGAAUGAGCAUACAUUUCUGAGGCUGGUUCCAAAUUUUGUUAAUCACAGUUUAUGAAGAGCUGAUGUUAUAGUCAUAUUAGCCAGGAAAAAGGGGGGAAAAAAGGGUUGUAUUGAUACUACUUAAAAAGAUAGUAAUCACUGGUGCAAAUAUUGACAAAUUUCUCUGAAAAUAUUCUUAAACUUUCCCAUAUCAGCUAUACUUGGCACUUAUGCUAUAAAUAAAUGUGUAUUGGAAUGAUCUUUAA